AUGCGUUUCCCAAACGCAGCGGCCCAAAACUUCAUAUUUGUAUUUGUAUCAGAAUUUACUGAAAUAAAUGUGGAGCCUAUGAGCCACCGUGGCCGCUCUGACGAAGAUAUCGAAGAGAUGAAUGAUUUCAGAGUUGGCUUCGUAAUCUCGCAGCUAUUCUGCCAGUGCGAAGUUGCUAAACACCAUGAACACACACUUCAAUACGUGCAGAAGGCGCAACUCUGUUCAUUUAUUGUUCGAGGCUGGACUAUGCUAGCUAUUGCGCUUCUAGAUCUUGAUUCGCUGCGUUUGCGAGAACAUCUGAAAACAGCUGUCUAG